AAGACGGCCGAACCCAGUAAACCCAGAGUCCAUCGGAAAAAGCAUGAAAUCGUUGGACUCCCACAUCGAGACCGUCCUGUGGACCCCAGACCAAAUUACCUCCCGAGUCUCCGACCUCGCCACCGAGAUCUCGGCCGACCUCUCUCACCUCACCGACCCUCCCGUCCUUGUCGGCGUCGCCACCGGCGCCUUCCUUUUCCUCGCCGACUUGGCCCGCCACAUCCGCCUCCCCGUCGCCGUCGAUUUUAUCCGCGCGGAGUCCUACGGCUCCGGAACCGAGUCCAACGGCUGCCCCAAGGUUUCUUCCGACUUGAAGCUCGACGUCAACGGCCGUCACGUCGUCCUGGUCGAGGACAUUGUGGAUACUGGAAGCACAGUUUCGCGUCUGAUUGAGUAUUUAGAAUCGAAAGGGGCUUCGUCUGUGUCAGUGGCUACUUUUCUUGAUAAACCAUCCAGAAGAAAAGUUCAGUUUGAGCUUCUGGGCAAUGGCAAGUUCUACCGAGGUUUCGAGUGUCCAGAUCAUUUUGUUGUGGGAUACGGAAUGGACUUUGCUGAAUUGUACAGGAACUUGCCUUAUGUUGGUGUCCUGAAGCCGGAGCAUUACAAGUGCCAGUCACCCUGAAGAUAAGCUAUUUUACUGUUAGUCUCAUAGGCAAAUUUUCUGGAACACAUUUCAUAGUAAUUUUCUAUUGCAUAAAACUGUAAAAGGUUAUGCAUCCAUGCUCUUCAGCAAUGAGUAUGGGAUGUUCAGGAAAAAAAAUAUUUAAAUUGUAACUGCUCUGUUAUUCAGUUAUUAUUGAUACUUUGAAGGAGAAUCAGCCCAUAAUUAACGUUCUCAUUCUCUAAAGUGUUUAGAUACAACCAUUUGACUUGUUGGUCAAGUAAUUGUUGGG